ACAGACUGAGCGCAUAUGCAGAGGCUCCCCGUCAUCAUAACGGCAGACACACAACACCCGUUGAGAUCCCUCCUGAUAUUAAACAUCACCCGUGUCGUGUGGUAGGAAUGGAGAUGUUGAAUAAUCGACUAAAAUAAGGAAAAGUCCUCGCAGAGAUCAAGAUGGUGUCGUGGAUCAUUUCGCGAAUGGUGGUCCUGGCCUUCGGGACUCUCUACCCAGCCUAUUCCUCUUAUAAGGCUGUGAAGACGAAAAACGUCAAGGAGUAUGUAAAAUGGAUGAUGUACUGGAUAGUGUUUGCGAUAUUUACGACGGCAGAGACGAUCACAGAUAUGCUUCUCUCUUGGUUUCCAUUUUAUUUUGAGCUUAAGAUUGCCUUUGUUGUCUGGCUGUUGUCCCCGUACACCAAGGGCUCCAGCGUAUUGUACCGCAAGUUCGUGCACCCCACGCUCUCCAAUAAAGAAAAGGAAAUUGAUGAGUACAUAACCCAGGCUAAAGACCGCAGUUAUGAGACCAUGAUGCGGUUUGGGAAGAGAGGACUCAACAUUGCAGCUACUGCAGCCGUUACAGCCGCCUCAAAGGGUCAGGGUGUGUUAUCAGAGAAGCUGCGUAGUUUCAGCAUGCAGGAUCUGACUCUGAUUCAGAACGAAGACGAGCUGCAGCUGGACAGCACAGACGACACCCACACCGCAGCCACGCUACCUCGUGCUAAAACUGUCACACGCUCAGUUCGUGCCACACCCAUUCCGGCUGACACUGAAUCACAGCACAGCUCUCGCUCGGAUGAGCAGUCGGAUAGCAGGACUGAGCAUUCAGAUGAAGAUGCGGCUGAUAAGGCCCCCAAACGCACUGCAAGCGUCAGAGCAGCCAAGAAACCAGCCGCUACCAAGACAGAGCAGACCACCAAGACAUUGAAGAAACCGCCAAAGAAGAAAGCCACAACAACGACCAACAACAUUGCCGAAUCACCAUGAGUCACACUGCGUUCAUCCAUCCCUGGGAAAUACACAAACAUCACAUGCUUUCUCACACUAACAACCAAAUAUUUGGGCCCUUUGCUAACGAUACGCACUGAUACACACAAACACAUCGCCUGGGGCUGUUUUUUGUCUAAUAGUUUAAAUGCGGUGAAUAUAUGUAGACAUCAGGCUUCAUGCGUUUAUUUUCCACGUUAUCACUCCUGUGUGUGUGUGUUAAGUAAGGAUGGGUCUUGUCUUAUUCUCUGUAGGCCUUAAUACUAGAGAACAUCUUUGUAAAGCAUGAGACCAGAAAGCAGUGCCUGCACAUGAUCGCACACUUUUGUUCCUUAUAACCAUGCCAGAACUCUGUUUUCCAAAAUGGAGGCCGGUUCCCCCUUUUUUUUUUUUUUUUUUUUUUAGCAUGUAGGCCACACGCUUUGGGACGAACAAGAAUUGGGAACAGAACAAUCGGGCUAUAAAAUGAAUAGGAACAGACUUGAUUUACACGAGUACAGCGUCCGUGGAGAGUUCUGGAAGCGCCCAGAGCAGUGCUGUUCGUAUUCCGGGCCUCAGGAUAUCCAAAGUCUUGAGAUUUGUUGUGAAUAUUCAUGAUCGAAGAGGUCAGAUGUCUCCUGGAAGCUGCAGGCUCUGCCAUUAAUAGCGCUUUUGUCAGCUGGGGCUGGAGGCGUUCAACUCGCAUAAGCAGUCCCUUGUGCUAAUUUUACAUUUGUGUAGCGUUUUUAAAGUAUCGUAAGACAUUUAUGUUAACCGGUAGAUCUGAUAGCAGGUGUCAUCUGGUUGUUUUGGUAGGGUGCAAGAUGAAACAAUCACAUGUCGGCCACAGAAAAGGGAAGAUCCCUCAGUCUUGAGUAAUCUGUGUUUCAAUGCUGGAAUUGUUCUUGUGGCUUGCUUCGGAAACUCAAAUACUCCAUAUCAGUUUGUAGUGAGCAGAUGGCGCAGCACAAAGCAUGGCAUCACCCAAGACCAACCGUCGUUGUUGAAAAUCAUAGGUGCUUUUAUUGAAAAUGCUCCAUUUUUUUUUUUAAAGACAUCUAUAGAUUUUUUUGUUGUUGUUGUUGUUGUUGUAUUGGACCCUGUGAACCAAGUUCAUUUGAAAUUGCAUGUAACCCAAAAUCCAAAUGUGGGCAGUUGUGUUUCCCAGCACUGCUGUUCAGAACUGAAGGAUUUGGUGAGUUCAAUGGCAGUUUGAAUUACAGUUUUGCAGUCUUACUGAGAGCGUGUAGGGGGCGCUGUUGGACAGAAAAAGAGCAGUGUGCCCUGCCUGUCGGAUUAAAUGAUUAUACUGUACAUGGAUGGGGAAUGCUUUUGAAUCAGUUGGUUAUUUAGCUGAAUUUUACCUGAAAAUGUUUAUUUGUAUAAUACUAUUGACUGUACAAAAUUUCUGCCUUACUCUGAUAGGCUUUUUAAGUUAUUUUUCUUUGUUUACAUUUAAUUGGUCACUUUUGUAGUGUAGGAUGUACAGAAACAUGUUAAUUUCUUGUUAAGUGCUAUUUGUUUAGUGUAUCUUCGUGUGGUGUUUUAAUUUAAAGCGUUUUGUCUUCUCUGCCUUAUUUUGUAGAGAAAUGAAACAUGGGGCAGUUGCAUUUGAGAAGAACAGAUUUUUUUUUAACAGUGCAAAACAGUCUCACAUUAGAUGCUCAAACGUGUAGUUAAUAGAAGAUAGAUGUUUCUGUUGAAACACGGUUUAGAAAUAACUUGCGGUAAUUCAGUCUUGACACACUGCUGUCUUAACUAUCAUGAUCUGCAAUUCAUUGUUGCUGAUUGGCAACUUGACAUUCUCUGUCUCAGUCUCUUGAGUGAUUCUUUUUUAAAAGAAACUUGAGUUUUUCUUUUAAUUAAAUGCUAGUGUGGUUGGUUCUCACCAACCCACACAAAAGUGAAAAAUGACAAGUCAGUCUCACUCUUUUCUUUGUUCCUGUUUUUCUCUUCUUUCCCCCCUUUGUUCAAUAUGUCUUAUUUGCAUAAUCAAAAAUGACUAACUUGUUUUUAAUUCACGAUGCCUGCAUUGAGUGAGAUGUGACAAAUUAAACGUAUUCAGUUUAUAUUUUUGGUGAUGUGUUUGAAAUUGCUUUUAUGGCAUACAGAUUUGAACUGUGAGAGAAUAGUCAACAUUAAUAAACUGUUUGUGCCAAUUCUCAAUGCUCUUAAUAUAUUAAAAGAAUGAAAAAGAAAGAGAUUGCUGCUAAGUGUGUACUAACUGACCUUGAAUUAUUAUUCAAUAAAAAUACAAUUACAUCCC